AAAUCACUCAAGAACCAGAAGAGGAUUUGAGGACUUCUGAUAAUAAAGGUAAAAGAAAAGAAGUUCCAGGGAAAGAUGCAUUUAGUUUUAAGGCAAUUUAGGUCAAAGAAUAGAAUAGAAAAACAAGGUCUAUAGUGUACGAGCAUUAUACAAGAUUCAAGGACAAUAAAGACAAGUGCAAAUGUUAAUAUUAUGCAGAAGUUUUCACUUAUCCAACAAGUUUGUGGAUGUUGGAAUCCGCACUCUAAUAUUUGUGAAAGAUUUUGAGAUCGUAUUAUCGAGAAUGAACUAUAUCGGAUAUAAAGAUAACAAAUAACAAAAGUGAAGUGGUAUUUUACUGCAUAA